AUUAUACAGCAACUUUAAUGUUGUAUGUACUUAAUCAGUGAGCUGCAUUGACCCUUGACCCACUUUGUAACAGCUACAAGGAGGUUUGAGAUUAUGCUCUGUAAUUCAUCUGUGCUGCAGAUGAAUGGUUAAUUACAGAUUAUUUUUACAUAGAGAUUCUGAAGUGAAGGUUUUUAAGAGAAAAUGAAGGUGACUCCUUUGAUUCAACAAGAUUUCAACAACAUCCCUGCUGCUUGAAUUCUCCCGGGACAAAUGAGCGCUGCUCCAGCAGAAAGUGGCAGCUCUGGAGCAGGAGCGGGCCGAGUUCAUCCGACUCAAGCAACAACUGGAGGCCGAGUUCAACCAGAAACGAGCCAAGUUCAAAGACCUGUACAUGUCCAAGGAAGAGGAGCUGAAGAGGCAGACUGUGGCGCUGGAUGGCGCCCAGGCCGAGCUGAGCUCGAUCCAGACCCAGCUGACUCUAGCUCACGCAGAGAUCGAGACCAUCAAAGAGGUGGCCACCGUGUCGGAAAACACCAAGCAGGAGGCCAUUGACCAGGUCCGCAGCCAGUGGCAGGAGGAGGUGGCGUCGCUGCAGGCCAUCAUGAAAGAAACUGUGUGUGAGUACGAGGUCCAGUUCCACCAGCGCUUGGAGCAGGAGCGAGCCCAGUGGAACCAGUACAGAGAGGCAAUGGAGCGGGAAGUGGGCGACCUGCGCCGCCGCCUCACUGAGGGCCAGGAAGAGGAGAACCUGGAGGACGAAAUGAAAAAAGCCCAGGAGGAUGCAGAGAAGCUGCGUUCAGUGGUGAUGCCCAUGGAGCAGGAGAUCGCAGGCCUGAAAGCCAAACUGACCACAGCCGAGGAGCGUGUGAAAGAACUGGAGGCCUCCAAGGUCAAAGAGCUCAAUCACGUCCUGGAGGCGGAGAAGUCGUGUCGCACAGAUCUGGAGAUGUACGUGGCUGUAUUGAAUACGCAGAAAUCAGUGCUGCAGGAAGACGCUGAGAAACUACGGAAAGAACUUCACGAAGUCUGUCACAAGCUGGAGUUGGAGCGGCAGCAACACAAUCAGCUCAAACACACGUGGCAGAGAGCCAACGACCAGUUCCUGGAGUCCCAGCGCCUCCUCAUGAGGGACAUGCAGAGGAUAGAGAGUGUGCUGUCAUCUGAACAGCUCCGCCAGGUGGAGGAGAUGAAGAAGAAAGACCAGGAGGAGGAUGAAAAAGAGAGACUGAGCCAAGUGAAAGAGCUGCACGAGGAGGAUGGGGGAGACAACACCGAGCCGCUGGAGGACUUGUACCUCGGGCUGAGCGUCGACGAGCCUCAUGCCAACCACAGCUCCCAUGGCUCGAUGCACUCCUUAGACACUGACACGGUGGCUGGCGGCCUCAUGGACCCCUACAAAGAAAACCUGAGGCGGGUUCAGUCCACGGACAGCCUUGGCUCCUCGCUGUCUGCCCAACAGGGCCUUGGUGGCCAGAACCACAAAGCUAAGUCGGCCAGCCACUUGGACGAGUCGGACUUUGGGCCCUUGGUGGGGGCCGACUGUGGGGUGACGGACAGUAGUUUUGGCGAAACGUCGUCCAUCAGCUCGAUUAAGCUGACGGCGAGCCACUUCCUGCUCACUAAGGACCAGGAGAAGGCCAUCAAAGCCAUGACACCGGAGCAGGAGGAGACGGCGUCGCUGCUAUCCAGCAUCUCACACACCACUAACACUGCCUACUUACCGCCUGCUGGCUACCGACUGGUCAGCGACAGCGAGUGGAAUCUGCUACAACAGGAGGUGAAAAACGCUGGCAGGAAGCUCGGCCGACGUUGCGACAUGUGCUCUAACUACGAGAAGCAACUACAGGCCAUUCAGGGUCAAGAGGCUGAGACACGAGAUCAGGUGAAGAAACUCCAGGUGAUGCUACGUCAAGCUAACGAUCAGCUGGAGAGGACGAUGACAGAGAAACAGAGUCUGGAAGAUUCGGUCAAGUCAGGCAACGAGGAGACGACUGCUAAGGUUUCUGCCCUCAUUCAGAGAGUCCAGGAGUCUGAAACACUGCUCAGCACACUACAACAAGCCUUUAGUGACGCUAAGAGGAACACACAGGAACAGAUGGCGGUGCUGGUGAAGUCGAGGGAGCAGGUGGCAGAUGAACUGAGUCGACUACAGAGAGACAACGAGAGCCUGCAGGGAAAACACAGGCUACACGUAGAACUGCAGCAACAAGAGGAUUUCCAGAUGCCCAACACUGUGCAAGAGCUGCACGGGCUGGUGCUGCGGCUGCGUGACGACAUGGUGGCGUUACGGACGUCGGCCGAUCACAUGGAGGAGAAGCUGAAAGCGGAGAUUCUGUUUCUGAAGGAGCAGAUCCAGGCCGAGCAGUGUCUGAAGGAGAACCUGGAGGACACGCUGCAGCUGGAGAUCGAGGGCUGUAAGGAGGAGAUAGACAUCUUGGAAGCUUCUUUCUCCAGUUUGAAGACAGAGCUGGAGAGAAUAAAAACUGAGAAGGAACAGUUGCAGCGCAGUUUAGCGGAGAAGACCGAGACACUGGAGAACAUCCAGGGAAUGAGGAUCCGCCUGGAGCAGCAGCUGAAAGAGCUCAACACUGCAAAGAGUGCACUGGAGAGUCAGGUCCUCGACGAGCGGGACAAGGCUCAGCGGCUGCAGACGGAGCUGGACGUCAGUGAACAGGUCCAGAAGGACUUUGUCAAACUUUCUCAGACUCUUCAGGUACAGUUGGAGCGAAUACGACAGGCGGACUCCUUGGAUCGUAUCAAAGUAAUCCUCAACGACACCAACUUGACUGACAUCAACCAGCUUCCAGAGACAUGAUACCACUGAGUGAAAACUGCCUUCAGUUUCAUUCCCCUCUUUUUUCUCAAUCACUGGCCCAAUAACAUUAUUGAUCCGACCCUUCCUCCUCCUCCUCCCCAUAACCGCCGUGGACGAAUCCGGAGGAACAAGGACAGACGCGGCACGAGGAGCUCAUGACCGUCUGUGUACAUUUUAAGUCAUGGAACACACCACGGACAGGAAAGAUGAAGAAGAACACUACUUAAAAAUGAAAAAAAAUGUAAAUAACUAAAUGUGUGACUGUGGAUGGAGAGAGUGGACGUCCGUCUUUCUGUGGGUCUGUCUGUGUCUUAUUUCUACUGUAGAUACGACUGUCUGUGUUAGGCUCAACCAAAAAAAAAGGUUUGUCGUCUUCUGAAGCACUUUUCAUCUGCAACUCUCCAGGUAAAUAGAAAACGGACACAUGACAUUUUCUCCGUCUCUUCUCACGGCGGUUGAUAAUCUCUGCUUCUCUGUUCCCACUCAGUUUUUCCUCCUUUUUACUGUUGCAUUUUACACCUCUUUCUGGUAAUUUCACCCCAUAAUUACAAAACACCCAUGAAGGAUGGAAAAUACUUGCACAUAACUCAACUAGGAUUAAAAAAGAAAGAAAGAAAUAAGAACAUAACCCAAAAUAAGCAAUACCCUCAAUUUCUCUAACAUCCUCUACUUUAUCUUGUUUUGCGCUUGACGUCUGACAGAAGUGUUUUGUUGUUUUUUUCUCUUUUUAAAGCUGCAGAAAUACAGUGAAGAAACAUUACUUUUGUUCAGAAAUGUGGGUUUAAACUGUCAACAAAACACUAGUUACGCCAAUAGAUUUAAGGUGAAAGCUGCUGUCAGUGAUGUCAUCUUUUUGGCUGACUUCUUACUUGUUCUUCCUGUUACACUAAAGUUCCUGAUCAAAGUUUGAACAGAGAGAACAAAUUGUGUGUUAAACUGAGACCAAAAUGUUGAAAAUCUCACUUCUCUAUGUUUGUAUUCUGUAUCAACACUGAAAAACAGCAACGUUCCUCUGCUUUGGUCCCCACUAAAUCGUAGUGGGUCAAAACAAGGCGUCGAUUAUGGUCAAUGUAAUCUCACUUAUACUUUAAAUAAGGAUCCCUGGUGAGGUGAUAGAGUUUGACUGCUGAUCUAUGGUCGGAUAUUUGAGAUUAGGAUUGAGACUUUCUCCUGAUUGGAUUAAAUGUUGUGCGACAUGUCCUGAGACUGAAAGACCCACCAUGUCACUGAGUUAUUAAAUACAGAUUUUAACUUAAAGCUGUAGCAGUAGCUCUGCAUGACUCUCUUUGUUUCUCAGUAUAGUUGUAUCGACAGUUGGAGUUCCGACUUUAAACACAGAGAAACACAGAGAAGUUUCUGAAGUAAACCCAGAUUUUACAGUUUAAAUUGAUAAAUGUUUCUUGUCCCCGCCCGCCCCUGCUCCACUGCUGUCUACACGCAAGCGCUCCCUCGUUCAGGUCUGAUGGUGUUGCUUGUCGGAGCCUGUUUUUACAUGAAGGAAGCGCCAUAAAUGUAACUUUACACAGUCUCUGUGUAUGAAGACCAAACAACGACAACGACAACAAAAAUCACACUGUAGCUUUAAAAGACUUCACUGACAGCAGCUUUAAAGUGGUGACUUAAAGAAAACAGACCAAUCAGCUGUCCACAUGAGUCAAUAAGUGUACAUGGAAAACAAAAUCAAUUUUAAUACACUUUACUCCUUUUUAAUGUUUGCCAUUUGCAUUGACUUUGGAUUGAGUUUCCUAAUGAAGCUCUGAAAUGAAAGCGGGUGGCUUUUAAAUUGUAAUGGAGACACAUUAUAGCACAGUGUGUGAUGAGGUCAGGGGUCAAAAGCAAGUCGCUCGUACAGGAAAUAGCUUUUAGGAAAGCUCAGAAUGGUGGCGGGAAAAAAAGACAACAAAAAGCACUGUCCACUCUCCCUCCUUGGUUGGUUUCUGCAUCAAAUGUAUGCGGACAAAUGUUCUCCUUCCUUUGCGUAGUAAUGGUGCGGUCCAGUUGUAGUGAGAAUUUGGAAUUUCUGAGUUCCUCGUGAGAAUUUUCAACUGGAAUGCCACCUCAAGUCGGAGCCACCUCACAAAUUCUACUUCUUUUACUGUUAAUUGAACUUCUGUCUUAUUUGUUUCCCAUUUAAUCAGUGGUACACACAGUACGGUUACAUUUUUAAUCCGUGGUCCACGUUGCUGCGCUGUUUGUGCGAGUAAAAAUCUUGUAGUCUGAGAUAGCUGCGUUCAUAUUUUUCCCGACUUUUCAACUGGAACACAUUAAACUUUCUGACAUAAAUGUAAGCUUUCGCCAUUUGGGCUGCGUUAUAAACACUAUGGCGCAAGAUGGCUGCCUCCAUAAAGGCCUCCAACAAUAAAACGUACAAAAGGUGUAUUCUAAGGCUACAACAACCAAACAAUUACCAUUUUUAAGCAUUUAUGCACUUAUACAAACAUACUAAAUGGGUGGGAUUUUAAGUUUCUGCCAAUAAAUUCUUCCUAAAUGUUACCAAGGUUCCCAAAGGUCCUUAAAUAGACAUUGAAAGUCUUGCUUGAUGUACGUAGACUACACCUGCACAGAGCAAAUGUUGUGGACACUGUCUUUCUCUGACGUGCAGAACAACGAGUGAGUAACGUUAAGCAAAGAGAGAGCAAAUGUCAACGUGACACCUAGGAAAUGAAAACUCCCAAGAUCUCUGUCUCACCAAAGAAAAUCAAAAAAGACUGACAUUGACCAAGAUCCCAGAGACAAUCACUUGUCCAGAUGCAGAGCGUGCUGCAAAUCAAUAAAAGUGGACGCCAUCAUGGGCGAAGACGCUCGUUGCAUCUUAGGCUGUGUCAGCACAUUCGGUCCUUGAAUUUAAGUGAAAUUCCUUGAAUUUGAUUACACACUUGACCUUUAAAAGAUCUUUUUACGACUAUGGGGGGAUGGGGAGCAGUGUAAGAUGCUGUGGAUUUCAGAUUGAGAGGAAAAAUCUCUUUAAAAGAAAACCCUGCAUUGAAUGAAUUGUCAAUGUUUUCAUUAACAUGUCGAGUGUGAAUCAUUUCUGACGAGUGUGCACUCAACCUGUGUGCUUUGAAUAAAGUUGGUGACUCUGGCUGCAAAUGUGGGUUUCAUGGAGAAAAGAAAAGGAAAGCAAAUGAAUUUUGUCCUGCGGUAAAAUUCUUCCUGAAGUUUGUGAAGGGGAUUUUCUCUAAAUUCUGAGUUAGACAUUUAACAGUACAGCAGCAUGAUCACUGUUUAUUUUGUUUUGUUUGUUUACAUGCAUGUAUUUCAUUUCCAUGUGUUGCUUAUGUCUGAGCUGUUGAUAUGUUGAGUUGAUAUUUAUGACAGAGUCGUGCAGUGUGUGCUAUGACAGAAUGGGAAUGUGUGGGCGAGCGAUCAUGACUUGCACUGAGAGAACACUGUACGUCGUUUUGAGUCUUGCGCCUCACAUCGUGUUGCGUUUGCGUCGAGAGCCGGUGGUGAAUUUAGAGUAUAAAGGCUUUGACCGUGUGAUUCCUGCACAUUAUUUUCUCCGACAGCGUCAUUGCAUUGGCUUGGUGUGUUUUCAAUUGUCUCUUUAAAUUAAUUUAACAUUUAUGUCCGAUGUUAACGCUUUACAAUACAGUACAGUAAAGGGGAAGUGGUAAUAUGGUAAAACCAUCUUAUUUCUACAGUUGUCACCAAUUAAUAGCUUGGUAAAAGAAGGGUUCAAGCAUCAAAAAAUAAAAAAAUGUGUAUUGUAUUUGUAUUUCACUGCAGUUUUUCCCAAAUGUUCACACUAAACUGUUUUGACCCAACAACUUUGUGCAUAAUUAGCAACUCAUAGCCAUAUCUGGAACAACUAAUAUUAUGGUAAUUAUUAUAUUAUAUUAUGCUAUAUUGGGCAUGUCAUUACAGUAAAAUCAAAAAGUUUCCAGGUUUCCAGUCUCAGGUUUUGACUAUUUAACACCCCCAAAGUUAUUUGAAAUAUAUAAAGUAGGUCAUGAAGUGAUGUUUUUUCUGUAUAUAAAGUCAAUUUAAACUAAUGCAGACACAAACAAUGGUGGCUUCUCUGUCUUUAGACUCAAUGACUGUGAUUUUGCCUCCUUAUUAACACACAAUUUCCACUAUUGUUACCAAGCUGGAAAUUGCAUUAUAAAUAAGUUGGUAUUAUCAUAAUAUCAUCUCCCUAUUACAACAUUUUCCCAUUAUUACCAUGUUGUUAUUGCACUAUAAUGUAAAGUUUAACCAUCUAUUGCAAUGACCCAUUUUGUGGUCGCCGCAGACAUUUUCUAAAUCACUGUUUUUAAACUCAAGAGUCGCCAGGUUUUUCUAAAUAUUUGCUCUUUCACUGAAAAACAAUCGGAGUUUAGAGUUGGUAGUGUGACAGACUUACAGUAUGGUCUGAAAGCUCACACUGUGUCACCACAAACUUGCUUUUUAUUAGAAAAAAAUACAAAAUAGCAAUUCACGUGGACUAAUAAUAAAGCACUUUCAAAGCCCCAA